UUGGGCCGCCGAGAAUGGGACCGGCCGAGGAGCUGGUGCGGAUCGCCAAGAAACUGGAUAAGAUGGUGGCCAGGAAGAGCACGGAAGGGGCCUUGGAUCUGCUCAAGUCACUGACCAGCUACACGAUGACCAUCCCGCUGCUGCAGACGACGCGCAUCGGGGUAGCUGUCAACUCGGUGAGGAAACACUGCGCGGACGAGCAGGUGGUGGCCUCGGCCAAGGUCCUCAUCAAGAACUGGAAGCGGCUGCUGGACUCCUCCACAAUGCCCAAGAAGGAGAAGGAGGUGGACGGGGAGAAGAAGAAGGAGAAAGGGCAGGAUUUUCCCAGCUGGUCCAGCGAAGGGGCGAACUCACACCUGGCAAAACAUGGCAAGAACCCCCCCGAGAAGCCCAGGGAGAAACACAAGGAGAGCAGGACCCUGCYAAGCGCCGCGAAGACGUCGCCUCCGCACGGCAAGAAGGAGAGGAGAGGCUCUGCGGAUGCGAGGGGCUCUGCUGCCGUCUCCUCCUCUUCCUCUCCACAGAAGAGGCCGUCGGGGGAGAGCAGAGCCUCCGCGGGCUCCAGCCCUUCGCCUGCUCCCACUGGCACCCGGAGAGGCUCCAGUGACGCCAAAGAGGAGAGAGCCGGGAGCAGCAAGGGCCGAGCGGAAGCGGCGCGGAYGCCGGGCAGCCCCGCUCCGUCCCCCACCGCCUGCCUCCUGUCCCGCUGCUUCCUCACGGGGGACCCGGUGCGGGACAAGUGCGUGGAGAUGCUGGCGGCGGCGCUGCGCGUGGACGGUGACUACCAGGAGCUGGGCGUCAACUGCGAGAAGCUGGCGGCUGCCAUUGAGGAGCAAAUCUUCCAGGAGCUGAAGAGCACGGACAUGAAGUACCGCAACCGGGUGAGGAGCCGCAUCAGCAACCUCAAGGACCCCAAGAACCCCAACCUGCGGAGGAACGUGCUGUGCGGGGCCAUCGCGCCCGCCCUCAUCGCUCGCAUGACCGCUGAGGAGAUGGCCAGUGACGAGCUGAAGGAGCUGAGGAAUGCCAUGACCCUGGAAGCCAUCCGCGAGCACCAGAUGGCCAAGACGGGCGGCACCGUCACCGACCUCUUCCAGUGUGGCAAGUGCAAGAAGAAGAACUGCACCUACAACCAGGUGCAGACACGGAGUGCGGACGAGCCCAUGACGACCUUUGUGCUGUGCAACGAGUGCGGGAACCGCUGGAAGUUCUGCUGACGGCGCCGCCUGUGCUGCACAUGGAUGGAGAGGCCGCGGCUGGAGCCCCGGCAAGGGACACAUCCGCACGUGGAGGGCGGCUCUGCCCCUGCUGGCAGUGGGGCUUGGGGGGCCGGYGCCUGGGGGACUGUGGGGCCCUGCACAUGUUGGCACCGGGGGCUGUUCUCUCUGUCCAGGGGGGUGGCAAGGGGCUCCCCUCGAAUCCCGCUUGCCCCUCUCCUAAACGCUGGCUGAGCUCGCGGGGCCAUUGUGGGGACACCCCYGCUGCCCCUCCGUGCAGUGACAUCCAGGAACUGCGUCCCCGGGAAGGGGCUGGCACUGCGGCAAAGCACGUGGGGAGCGACCCUCCGGCUGGAGCAAUAAAGG